AUGGUGGAUUAUGUCUCCGAGGAGGCAGUGCAAGACGCAGCUUUGGUGCUAAAGGAGUUGUAUGCCAACUUCGGUGUAAAGCAGCCGGUGCUGACGAAAUACAGAGCUGCUUUCCAAUGGAUCCAGGAUGAGUAUGCUGUCCUCCCUGUCACGUCAAAGAAGAAAGAGAUCCAGGCAGGCCUGGACAGAGAUCCAAGCGGCUACAUUGAGAAGCAGGGCUAUGUAUGGAAUCAGACUUUGGAGAAAGAGUCAAAAGAGGUGCAGCUAUUGAAAGAUAUCCUGACGCUUUUGGCUGCUGCAGAUGCAGAUGGUGGGGAUGACGAUGCUGCGAGCUGCACAUCUUCGGAUUCAGGUGCCGAGGAAUCCGAGGUCGAAGCGGAGCCAGCAGAUACAGGGUCGGACAUGGAUACAUGUGACACUCAAAUUCCUUCGGAUUUGCUGUCUACUGCCCAAGAAUCUUUGGCGAAGAAAGUUUUGCCUCCGGUGCCAAAGUUUCUUGGGAUAUCGCGCUCUUGCUCAACAAAGGCUCCGAAGCCUGAGAUCCCAGAGAGAUCCGAGGCCCCGGUUUCGAAUGCACAGCCCGAAGCCUUACCCACAAGCUGCGACUCGAUUUCCGAGACCCCGUUGGAGUCUCCGAUUCCUGGGAAUCCCGAGAUUCAUGCAAAGCCCCAGACGACCCCUGUGGAGUUUCAGAUUCCGAAUCCCGAGAUCCAUGUGAAGCCUGAAUCGGUUCGCUCUGAGAUUCCCGAGCCCGAGAGCAACGCGAAGCCCAAGACCCCCGUGGACAUUCCAAAGCCCGAGACCCCGGUGGAUUCUGAGAUUCCGAAGCCUGAGACCAAUGUGAUGCGCGAGACCUUCGUGGACUGUCCCACCAAGGCCAAGCUCAAGACCCCAGUGGAGUCCCAGAUUCCGAAGCCUGAGACCCCAGUGGACCCGAAGCCCGAGACCCCAGUGGACUCCGAGAUUCCGAAGCCUGAGACCCCAGUGGACACGAAGCCCCAGACCACAGUGGACUCCGAGAUUCCGAAGCCCGAGACCCCAGUGGACUCCGAGAUUCCGAAGCCCGAGACGACCCCAGAUUCGGAUGCACACCCAGAAGCCAGCCCAAACAUGACUCUAGAGGUACGGCCAGCAGAUGCCCAGCCCACUCGCACAGCCGAGGCCUUCUGUUUAUAA